AUGAUGUGUCAAAUUCCCUGUUUUGUAUCUAGUAGCUAUUUUAUAAAAAUUAAUGAAAGAAAUUCCUAGAUCAGACAAUUUAAAUAAUCGUAACUUCCUCUGAAAUGGAUUUGACUCAUCUUUUCAAAGCUAGUGUUAUGACAGUCAAAUUACAGCGUAAAGGUCAAUUGAACUCAGCUCAGCGUAUUCUUAACAAAUCGUUGGCGUUUAAUGGAAGACGUGAAAGACGUGAUGAAUUCUCCCAACAAGUGAAAGAUAUUUGCCAUAAAAUCACUAAUUUGCGUAAUGUUCUUGUUGAGAGUCGUUCAGCCUAUAUGCGUAUUGGCCAGCAUUUGAAAAGCGCUGCUCAUAUGACCGAUGAACAACGAGAUCUUAUCGACCGUGAAUCGGAGAAAUUCUUCACCUAUUAUACACAAUAUUUAGGGCAAUUGCGAACGGAUUGGAAGAAAGUGAAAAGAAAACCGCAACAACGUGAACACAUGGAAGCUGUUAUGGAUUUAUUGUGUUCCUAUUUAAAAUGCGUGCAGCAAAUUUACCAGGAACAGAAAAAAUACCGAGCACAGUACGAAUUAGAAACUUAUCGUCUCUUGAAAUUAGCAGCUGAUAAGAAAAAGAUACCCGUACGGCCAGCUGGUGAGCUUAGAUCAAGGAAAACAAGUAUUGCCAGCAGUGCGGCCUCAUCCACAACGCAAAGCUUGCUUUAUUCACAAGAAGAAUACGGCCCUUCUGAAAAAUCUUUCGAUGACGAUUCGACUGAAGGUUGGGACUUGGAUGAAGACGAUAUAACUGCACCAGAACAUAGUGACAAGAACAAGGAAUUUUGCAUUAACCGACCUUUAUCUGCGACUUCAUUAAAUGACAGCAAAGCAAAAGUAGCUUUAAAUGAAGAUAUACAACAAACUCAAGAGCAGCAGCUGGCAGAUGAAACGGAAAAAGACUUGAAAUCUGAUGAUAUACAAAUGUUCGAAGAGGAAAAUAUGCAACUGUAUCAAGAAUUACAAGGUCUAGCCGAAGAAGUAGAAGCCAUUGAAAAGAAUGUGGUGGAUAUUGCUAAUCUGCAGGAUAUAUUCACUGAAAAGGUUACGCUGCAGCAGCAUAAUAUCGAGCGUAUAGUUAACGCUGUCAUCGGUUCUACGGAAAAUGUUAAAGAUGCCAACGAGCAAAUCAAGCAAGCAAUACAACGUAAUGCCGGUUUACGUGUAUGGUCAUUAUUUUUCCUUCUAGUAAUGUCAUUCGCUUUACUCUUCCUCGACUGGUACUACGAUUAGUUAGGCUUUAUAAAUAAAUUAUCAAGCUAGGGUCUUGUUUAGUUAGUAUAAUUAAUUAUAUUAUUUCAUUUAUUUCUUAUUUUGUACUAUUCAUGUAUUAUAGUUGGACCGUUUUGUUAUUAGCUUUAAGUAAUAGUUACAUUUCCUUUUAGAAUUUAAGUAUGUUUUAAAACGGAAAUAUAUUGCAAUAAAAACAGUCUUAAAGAGGAAAAGGUACUAAAGGCUGCAUAAACACAAUCAAUAGAAUAGCUCAAGCUUCAGAGAUCGCUUAAUUAAUUAAAAUGAAAGUAACCUUCGCAUUCAUUAGUAAUUUUGAAUACACUUAUGUCCAUUUGAAUUACGUCAAUACUCCAGGAAGAUUGCUUGUAAUUAUUGAUGUGGAGUAAGUUUUCCUCCCACAAAUUUCAAAUGACUAGAAAAGUGAAUAAUUUUGAUUGCAAGGUAAUAGACUGUUUUCAACCUUGAAUUAGAAUUUUAGACGUGCUCUUUCACCGGUUCGUGGACGGAUGGACAGACGAACAGACGGACUUGCUUAGGUGCAUUCAGAUUUCGAAAACGACCAAUUGUUAAGAUACUUUAUCAUACUUUAUGAUUUAUAUACUUUGAAGUUUGCUUCUGCCCAUUAUAAAGCCAUUGAAAAUAAAAUUAAGUUUUCAUACACUAUAAUGUUCGAUAGGCGUGCUCAAUUUUUCUAAUUUUUGUACAGCAUUACCCGCAGAGAAUAUGUUCAAAUUUUUGCGGACUUAUCUAUUGCAGUUUAUGAGUAAUGAGAAAAAAAGUCAAAUGUUUAAUCCUUUUGAAAAACGGAGAUGUCCUCACUUGACGUGGUACUGUAAGUGCAUCCCCCGACCGACUUGGAGGAUUUUCUACACUAACCUGCGUACGAAUACUUUCAAUGCUUCUGCCAAGUUUGAAGACGACAGCUGCAUUCUUGCCGUCGAAAGAAUGUUUGCAACAGAGCGGACAGAUGGACAUGCUUAAAUCGGUUUACAAGUUUAUGUUGAUCACGAAUAUUAUAGCUUUUCGGCGUCGUAAGUGUUUUGCUAAAAUGAAUGUAUCCGCCCUCCUUCGUCGAUGAGUAUAAGAAAAUGGGCAAAUUCAAUGCACGUUCUAUAGUGAAUAGACUAAAUCACUCUCCUUAAAUUGGAAUUUUCUAACUCCUUUAGGAAAAUUGAACCUUUAAAUCUGCUUUGAUAACAUCAGUACAUCUCCUUAAGUAGCUAGUCAGUGUUAAGCUAAUCUAAUCUAAGAUUAAAACAAGUAAAAAGACUAUAGUGGGUCACGACCCACAAUAAAAUAACCUAUCUCAUCCUACAAUUCUUCAUGGAAUUAUCUUUCAAAGUAAGGCGUUACAUAGAAAGUGGUCCGAUUA